GGAGAGUCAGCAAUAUACUAUCGGUAUCACCACUUCACUUACUUCCAGCUGCCUCUUUAGUCGUCUUCACCUUCCACCAUCAUCCAAUCCAUGUAACCAAAAUUAACUUAGCAUUCAAUUCAAUGUGCUUCCUAACAUUACGUGUAUCCCUCUCAUUGUAUAUAUAUUGUACUUUACCUUUUCUCUUCUUACUAUACUACAAUAUAAAUAGUCCCCACCUCUACUCCCUCCUUCCCUUUUCUUCUAUCUUUCUCUUCCUCUGUUUUUUCGUAUAUUCUCGGAUCAAUCCGAUCCUUCUAAUUUUCGGAUUUUCCCUUCUGUUUUUCUUGGUCUCCCUCCCCCUGUAUUUUCACUUCAAUUUCUGCGGUGCCUCAAACCAAAUCCAACCAUGGAAGAGAAGGUGACGAUAAUGAGACUCAAGGUUGAUCUUGAGUGUAACAAGUGCUACAAGAAGGUCAAGAAGGUUCUCUGCAAAUUCCCUCAAAUUCGAGACCAGGUGUACGACGAGAAGAACAACAUCGUCACCAUCACUGUAGUUUGCUGCAACCCCGAGAAGCUCAGGGAUAAGCUCUGCUGCAAAGCCUGUGGCACCAUCAAGAGCAUUGAGAUUGUCGAACCUCCUAAGCCCAAGCCUCAGCCCGAAAAGCCUAAACCCAAGCCCCCGGAGAAGCCCAAGGAUCCAGAGAAGCCUAAGCAACCGGAGAAGCCUAAGGACCCCGAGAAGCCCAAGGAACCACCCAAGCCCAAGGAACCCGAGAAGCCCAAGGAAACACCACCACCUCCGGAGCCUGCUCCGGAACCAGCUCCUGCUCCAGUUCCGGUUCCGGUUCCGGUGCCGGUACCCGUGCCGGAUCCUGCACCUGCUCCUCCACCAGCUCCGGCUCCUGAUCCUCCUCCACCUCCGGCUCCUGAUCCUCCUCCACCUCCGGCUCCGGCUCCAGCACCUCCCCCUCCGUGUGAGCCCGUUCCGGUGUGUCCACCGGCACCACCACCGGCGGUGGUUCCAAUUGGGAUGUGUUGUGGGCCAUGUUAUGAAGGUCGGCCCGGUGGGCCGUGCUUUCAGGGGUACGGGGGCCCGCCAUCGUGGUACGAUGGGUAUUACGAGAGGCCCGUGUAUGACAGUUACGGUGGGGGCAGGCCGUGUUACGUGAGCCGUUGCGAUGAAUAUUUCUGUGAAGAUAACACGUCAGCUUGCUCCGUCAUGUGAGAUUUUCUGCGCUAUUCGCCAUCCUCAUGCCAUGCAUCUCUCUCUCUUCAACCAAUUAUUUCUUUCUUUUUCUGGUUAUCAUUACAAAUUCACGGCGAAUAAUGAAUGAAUGUGAAAAUAUUGAAGCCACAGAGAAUAAGAGAGUUACUCCAUGUGACUCGUCAUUCUAAAAUAUACAGUGUAUACCAAUAUAUAGUAGUAGUAGUUUUAAUAUCAUACAUAAUUUCUUUCUUGA